AUGGACGAAGGAAUGGUAUCCUCUCCGGACCCUCUCAAUGACUCUGCCACCUACCAAUCUCCUGCGAAACCUCGUCGUUCGUCGCGUGCCAGACGUAGCUUACCCCUCCAAGGAAGCUCUCCGAAGAAGCAGACCUUUGAGUUGGAUGUUGGGAACAGCAUAUCACCACAAAAAAUUCGAGUAACAGUGGAGGCUGGAUCCUCGGACGCGGAAAAUGCAUAUCCAGAACUUAAUGGCCCAUCCGCGUCGCCAACGCGAGUGCCAAGGAACAGAAGGAGAGAGAGAACAACUACAACUACGAUUCCGGUGAAGGGUCUUGAGGACUCCGAGGACGAAGCUCCCCAGGCGGUUACUCCGAAGCGUGGCAGAGGUCGGCCAAGGAAGUCAAUUGGAACUCCUGUCCCCACGAAGAAGCCUGGGCGUGCAAGCACACCAACUCAGAAGCAUAGGAGGAGGUCAAUCGGAUCUCUGGUAGAUGGCGAUGAUGAUGAGGAUGUGAAUUUCCAGAUUGGCAAAGGAGUGGAAAUUGGAAGAGGGAAGGGCAGGUCAAAGUCCAGGUCCAGAUCAACAAAGGGAGUUAGGAACUCUACACCAGCGUCCAAAGAUGCGGCAGCCGCGGCGAAACCUGCGUCGAGCGCAGUGAGUAAGAAGGGUAGAGGCCGCCGCAAAUCUUUAGCACCUGAAGAGAUUGAGGUGCUGGAGGAUGAAAGCUGCCAGGGCAAUACGAACGACCAGGAGCAAGACUUUGGAAAUUACGACAAUGAUGGAGCGUUGGAGGCUAUCGACGUCAAUACACAGAAUCAGCCCUCGCCCUACUCUACAAUUCGAUCCACUACAACUGUUGGAGGGGCUGAAACGGAUAUUGUUAUUGCACGAUUUGAUCCAGGUAAUGAGACGCCACGGAAGCCUGGUUGGUCAAGUCCACAUGUGAUCGAAGCACCACAGCCGUCUAGCUCUAGGCGUCGGGUUAAUAGCUAUCCGUCACCAUCCAUAUCACCUGAAAAGUCAACUUUCGGCCAAUACGAAGAGGAGAGUGUAGCAAGGGUUCUUGUCACGGAGUCGGAAGGACGAAGAUCUCCAGAGUCAGCCCAUGACGGUUACGACGAUGACCAUUACAAUGAAGAAGAUGGAGAUGUCGUUGAACAGUACCGAGACUUUGACACGAUACUGGAGAGUGAAGGCUUCAGUAUGAUCUCUGUCGACUCAGUUCCCUCACUUCGAGAGCAUUUUAGCAGCCCUGCAAAUCAACCAGAGAAGCAACAGCCCACCCAAGCCAGAAAUAAGUCACUUCUCACAGUCCGAGAAGAUGCUGCUUAUGAUGAUUCCUUCUCGGCUAUUCCAGAGGAAGUCCUUGAAGCUGCUACUCCUGCCCGAAAGCCACAGAACCCCAGGCUCUUAUCAGUUCAGUCAGCCCGAGUAGACGACUCUUUUUCAAGUAUACCGCCGGAAAUACUCCAGGCUGCUACACCUGCCCGGAAAUCUCAGGUGUCUAAGCUUAUUUCUCAAAACACUCCCGUGAACGAUUCCUUCUCGAGCGUUGCACCGGAAAUCCUCGAGGCAGCAACGCCACACUCCAAAGCGCCAAAUAAGAGGCUGUCAGCAGCAAAUCUAGGAGUGAACGACCAGUACGAGGACUCAUUCUCGGCCAUACCUACAGAUGUUCUAGACGCAGCUACUCCAGCAGCAGCCCGUCAUGGCGCGCGUCCGCCAUCCGAAGGACAGAGCGUUCUUGUUCCCCGAGCGAGCAUACCACCUUCCCAUGGCCAGGAAGCAACUGCAGCACCACCGCGUCUCUUGACUCCUGACGAGACUCCAUCUCCACCUGCUGAAGGAUCUGAUGGUCAGCGCCCAAGCUCGAAUGGCAAUACUUCUGCACAAGAUUCACGCCAAGAUAUCUCAAUAGCACAUUCUCAUCUGCCAUCUUCUCCACCGUCGAUAGCACCGCGAAGAUAUACCUACACUGCGCAUCUUCGUCAGAAUCGCCAAUUUAAUCCUAAUAUGACACAAACACCGUCAAUUGUCUUCUCAUCUCCGACACUCCCUCCGCCAAUUCAAAUAAACCGUGGGAUUCCAGUACUUGCGCCACCAUCAGAGCAGGCUGAACGUCCAGCUCUGUCCCCAAUUGUCCGUGCUGGGCGUAUGCUCCAAGAUAUCCUUGUUCCGUCAUCUCCUCGAAGCAGAUCUCAAAGCCUGGGCAGUCCAUUCAAAAGCCCAGCUGCAGAUAGAAGAUCUUCUUCGAUCAUUGUACAGGACUCAUAUCCUUCACCUGUAUACGAGCGACUUGCUGGCCCAUUACCGAGAUCCGAUCUCAGUGGUCGCUUUGAUGAAGGAAGCUCGUCUCAGCGCCAAUCCAGGCCAUCUCAGCAAGAUGACCCUUUCAGGAAUAGCGCCACAUCACAACAAAGAUCGCCAUCGCCGGAAGAGAAACAGCAGUACACCCUCGAACUUCCUCAAUCAAGACAUCAUUCUGACCCUCGCCUUCGAAUCAGUAGACCUGAACCCGAAACCAUUCGUAGUGAUGACGCUAUGAGCUGGCAGGCUGAAGAGGAAGUCCCUCUUCCUGGCAGUAGCAUAUCGUUACGGAACAACAUCGAUUUAUCUAAUAAUUCACGAAGCUCAGCGGCUGUAGAGACGUCUCUUGAGGAUCGAUGGGCAGCUGAGCGUGCCGCUGUUGUCCAGCAAGCUGCGAAUGCCAAUUCAAGCAAAGUCAUUGUGGUUGACUCUGAUGACGAGCAGUCUAAAGACGGUCAAGACGAAGACGAAGAUUUUGGACUACUCUUAGAGACUUUGAACUCUUCUUCACCCGUCGUAGAGCGUCGAGACGAUCCAAAGGAAGUUUUGGAACGACCCAGAAGAAGCAAGAUACCUAGCCCAUGGAGAAAGAACAGCAAGCGACUGGUCUAUAGCGAUGAGCUUUCGCGUAUGUCAUCUUCUCCUCCCGAAUCGAAGGCUCCAGUUGCCAAAUUAUUUGGAAACUCUUUUGCAUCGGAGCCAGUCACCGUUCGUCGAAUUGUGCCCCAAGAGCCCGGUGACGACACUGACUUGGAUCUGUCACAACACCAAAUUCCGCAGAAGGCCAACUUCAAUCCUCGUCCUCGCGAAUCUGGAAAUCUUGAUCUAUCAGCUCUGCUAGGAAGCUCACCGCCGAAAGGGUUUCCCGCAGUCUCAACUAGGUCACAUAAACCCUCCUUCCAAAGGCAACCACAAUCGAGCGAGGAUUCUUCACGAGAACUGCCGAAAGAGCAACCUAAGAUGACGCCGGACGAGCGCAUAGCAACGGAGCAAGUCUCAGCCGAGUUUCUUCCAAUACCGCAAAAAACAGGAUUUAAUCCUCGACCUCGAGCAUUUCCAGGAGAAGAUCCUAAGAAAGAGAUGCCCAAGACGAACGAGGCCAGACCACGAGAACAAAACUCUGGCGAUUUCAAUCCAAUACCUCAGAAAAUGGGAUUCAAUCCUCGCCGUCGGGUCUCCUCAGCUGUCAAACCAUCAACGGAUGUUCCUGCUCUAUUCGCUGGCUCAGCGAGACCGAACCAGACCACUAGUUCAGACGAUUCAGUGUUGUCAUCUCCUGUCCCUACGCCACUCGCUGCAUCAUUACCCAACCGAGCAAAUACCUUUCAAGGGAACCGAGAUUCCUCCAAUGAAGUGUCGCCAGACUGUAGCAUUAACUCCAAUUCCUCUAAUCCAGACAAGGAAAACCAAGCCAUUAACAAAUCAAGGACUCUCAAAUGGACUGAGUCCCUGAGCCUGGACACGACAACUAACGUUGUUCUGCAAACCCCUCUCCCACCUCUCACCUCACCAACAAAGUCCUGCCUCCGCUCUCCACUCAAAACACCCUCUGCCGGACCAAGCUUUGGUUCAGCAACCGCGAAUCUCAGUCCUAGUAAAGGCGUAACAUGGGUUUCCUCAUCCCCAACGCCUGAGUCACCAAUGGAAGAACCUCUGUCAGCAUCAACCUGGUCGAAAGACCACUGGCGUCUUCUCGACACCAUUGUUCAAAGCUGGAAACCAGAGAACAACGUCUCGCCGUUUUCCAGCGAUGACAAGGAGAGCAGCGCUCUCAGGAGAAGGAACUCAACUCGUGUGAUCAGCAGACUGCUAGGCAAGAAUGUGUUCAGCGGUGAUCAGAAGAUGAAGUUGGAGCAGUGGCAUUUGGAAGCUGUGGAUGAGUUCAGGGGCUGUGUACCUGGUUGGCAGGAGAAGGUUAUUGCGAUGAGGCUUUUUGCCUUGUUGGUUGGGGAAGAACGCAGGGCAAAGGGGCUGGUUGGUGGGGGGAGAGCGGGGAAUUAUGAUCAUCUGAAUUAA